AUGGAUAAUUGGGAAAAAGAUAAACAAUUUGGUGUGAACGAUAUGGAAAAUGUGGAUGCGGGGGAAGCAAAUUUUGGUGGUUUGGAUCCCGAGUCAGGCCAUACGGAGCCUUACACACAGGUUCCGUCAACGGAAUCAUUGAAGAACAGAAAAAGGAAAAACCCGCAAAAGGAAAAUAAUGUAGCAAAAAGACCAUUACUAUUGGACAAUUAUGCAGAUUGUGGUGAUGAAUUUUGGAAAUUGUGGGGAAAGAAGAUGGGGGCGGUAUUUGUGGAGCAUAGACUUUUAAGAGGUACUGACAUGAAUUGUGAAUUUUGGUCUAGUUUACUUGGUAUUGGCUCUGGAUGGUUGCUCUCUGAGGUGGAUGAUUAUUAA